AUGAGGGACAGCUACCGCCAUACUGGCCAGGCACGCAGGCUGCCUUCACACCGGCUGACCUUUGCUCACUCAUCUCGGGCCAUACCUUCCGCCUACCCUUGGAAUAGAAACAGGCCUAAAGACCGUAAAUUGGAAGGCAGCCAGGCGACCCCAGAGGUAGGCAUUAGACGUCCUUUCUACCGAAACAAUUCUGGUAUUGGUGGUUGCUUUUUGAUAUCUUAUAUGCUAGAAAAGCAGCCCGGAUAUUGUGCAGUGUUCAGCAACUCGCGGACCGGAAACACCAAUGGCGAGAAAGGGAGUUUGUAUAUCCAAGAUGGUUGGACAUUUUGCGAAUGUAAUGGAACAGCACAUAGGGCAUACCGGUACAGCCCCCAUCCCCUCCCUUUCCCAGCUGAUGCGGUGAUGUCCGAAGCUAAGCGUCAGAAGGGAGGAGGAACCUUUCAUCUGCAUCGUCGUUCGUUCGAGGAAGAUGCUGACAUCGCUUUCGAGAUGUAG